AUGGACAGUGAAAGUGACAGUUUGGUUUCUGAUAUACCUUUGCCGUGUGUUAGUGCCGAACCUUCACAUGAGCGACGAACGACCGUUAAUCGCAAACGAUCAUAUCAACGUCCAGUUCCGUUCCUCUACUCCGAAGGUUCCUAA